AUGGGUCACAACAAACCCAGUAGGCGGUUCAAAACUCACAACUCUCAUCGUGGCCAAUCUAGCAGGACCAAUCAACUUGACAGGGAAGAUGAGUCUCUCCCACGUGAUCAAGCUCCUGAAGAGGAGACACCAGGUCCUAAAAUUCAGCUCGCAAUGUGGGAUUUUGGGCAGUGUGAUGCAAAAAGGUGCACAGGGCGCAAGCUUGCAAGAUUUGGUUUGUUGAAAGAAAUUCCUGCUUCAAGGGUGUUGUCUAACAAGAUGGUUAGGUGUAAACUGGAUAGCACCAAGUGUGGUCAUUUUCAUAUAUUUGAAGCAUCAACUGGUUCAUGCUCACUUGAGUUUUUAUGCGAGUUGCGUGUAAGUAGUGGUUUUGGUGGCAUUGUUAUGAGUCCUGUUGGGAGUUGCUGCGUCUCCAGAGAAGAUUACAGCUUAAUUGAGAGGAAAGGAUUGGCUGUCGUGGAUUGUUCAUGGGCACGUUUGGAAGAUGUACCAUUUGUCAAGCUGCGAUGUUCUUCUCCUCGCUUAUUACCAUGGCUGGUAGCAGCAAAUCCAGUAAAUUAUGGUCGUCCUUGUCAGCUAUCCUGUGUAGAGGCAUUAUCUGCUGCUUUAAUAAUAUGUGGGGAAGAAGAAACUGCAAAUCUGUUGCUGGGCAAGUUCAAGUGGGGUCAUGCUUUCCUGUCACUCAACAGGGAACUUCUAAAAGCAUACUCUGAGUGUGCAAACAGUGCUGAAAUCAUUUCUGUCCAAAAUGCUUGGCUUUCCCAACAAAACAAGCUUCCAAAGGCUGUGUCCGAUGCUGAAGGAGCUGAAAUAAGUGAAAAUGAAGGCUCUUUUGAUGAUUCUGAAGAUGGGCUUCCACCACUAGAAAGGAAUAUGAAUCAUUUGAACUUUAAGGAAAGUGAGGACGAAAGCGAGUAG